GCCCCCCCCUUACGACCUGCGGACGUGGUGACGGUUUCGGCCUGCGUGUAGCGGGUGGUCGGGCAGGCGGCGAGUCCGAGUCCGAGGCAGCGGGAGCGAGCAGUGUGCUCGCCUCAGUUUGCACCCGUACCUCCUGCCCGGUGGGGAGCGUCUUGCUGUAUGAGCUGUGUCGGCCUUUGAGCAGGGUUUCAUGUGGAGCGUUCGUCACCGCAGUUACUCCCGCCCGCUGUCGUGCCAUUGGGCACUGUCACCACUGUCGCCUCGGGAUCUAGAGUAGUUAGGAAGAAUGACCACACCAAGUAAGACACCACCUGGAGAUGAUCCAAAGCAGCUGGAAAGAACUGGUACAGUGCGAGAGAUUGGCUCACAAGCUGUCUGGUCUCUGUCUUCUUGUAAACCAGGAUUUGGUGUGGAUCAAUUGCGUGAUGAUAACCUGGAAACAUAUUGGCAGUCAGAUGGAUCUCAGCCUCAUCUUGUAAACAUUCAGUUCAGACGAAAAACAACUGUGAAGACCUUAUGUAUUUAUGCUGACUACAAAUCUGAUGAAAGCUAUACUCCAAGCAAGGUCUCCGUCAGAGUGGGAAACAACUUUCAUGAUCUUAAAGAAAUGCGGCAACUGGAACUGGUGGAGCCCAGCGGUUGGAUUCAUGUUCCACUCACUGAUAUCAACAAGAAGCCAAUCCGUACAUUUAUGAUACAGAUUGCUGUACUAGCCAACCAUCAGAAUGGAAGAGACACACAUAUGAGGCAGAUUAAAGUCUACACGCCAGUGGAAGAAAGUUCAAUUGGUAAAUUUCCUCGAUGUACCACUAUAGACUUCAUGAUGUAUCGCUGCAUUAGGUGACUGAACAUUAAGUCAAAUGUUUUGUGGACAUCCUCUGACUAUAUCAGUAACGGCUGAGUAUUCUUUUUCUUAAUCCAAAAAUAUUUUUUUAUUGUGGAAAUGUUCCAUGUUGAGUGGAUGCAAAAUAAAAAUGAUUGAUUAAACCA